AUGGCGAGAAUAUCAAUGAAACUUGCUUUCAUUCUCUUCUUAACCGUUACGUCAGUGAUGAUGAGUAUCGUAACAACCGAGGCAAAACGGUUAUUACCGGAAGAAACUCGUGAAACUGUGUUGCACCAUGAAGCUCUGACGCAGGACGUUGUGAAACAACCAAAAAGUCUUCACUGCAAGAUCGGCUGUCCUUCACAAAUCAAGACUUUCAGAAAACAGAGAAUAGCUUUGGUAAGAGGUUUCAUGGCUGCAAAGAAGAUUAUUGGUAGCUCUGUAGCUGGAACGAGGAAAGAAACCUCAGCACCAAAAGGGUUUCUUGCGGUGUACGUCGGUGAGAACCAGAAGAAGAAACAGAGAUAUAUUGUACCAGUCUCUUACUUGAAUCAGCCAUUGUUUCAAGCUCUUCUCAGUAAAGCCGAGGAAGAGUUCGGAUUCAAUCAUCCGAUGGGCGGCUUGACGAUCCCUUGUCCUGAAGACACUUUUCUCACUAUAACUUCUCGGAUCCAAGGAUGAUCAUCCUCUGAAGAUAAAAGUUUUUACAUUUCUUUUAACUGUAGAUAGAUGACAUUUUUUUGCAUCUUUCUUAAUAAAAGAUUUGAUCCUCAUCUUAGAAAUCCCGAUGUAAAUCAGUAAAUGCCAGUUUUGUGUUAUAAUGAACGCUGAAAUCAAACAAAGU